GCCAAACACACAACUGGAAAAACAUCGUUCACCAUCUUCUGCCAUGGAGUCUGCUGCGAAACCGAAAUCACCUCCACCUCAAAUUCGAGUGCAGCGUCACCUACAGGACACAGAGAGAAAGGUUUUCUUCCCUUUAAAUUACAAUAGCUGUUGAAUCAUGGGGAACAUUUUUGGGAACUUGUUGAAGAGCCUCAUUGGGAAAAAGGAGAUGCGGAUCCUGAUGGUGGGACUCGACGCAGCCGGAAAAACAACCAUCCUUUACAAACUCAAACUGGGAGAAAUAGUGACCACAAUCCCCACUAUUGGUUUUAAUGUGGAGACAGUGGAGUACAAGAACAUCAGCUUCACAGUGUGGGACGUGGGUGGACAGGACAAAAUCAGGCCCCUGUGGAGACAUUACUUUCAAAACACACAAGGUCUGAUUUUCGUGGUGGACAGUAACGACCGUGAGCGGGUGAAUGAGGCAAGGGAGGAACUCAUGAGGAUGUUGGCUGAAGAUGAACUCAGAGACGCUGUCCUGCUCGUGUUUGCCAACAAGCAGGAUUUACCAAAUGCCAUGAACGCAGCAGAGAUCACAGAUAAGUUGGGGCUGCACUCUCUGCGCCAUCGUAACUGGUACAUCCAGGCCACGUGUGCCACCAGUGGAGAUGGGCUGUAUGAGGGGCUGGACUGGCUUGCCAACCAGCUCAAGAAUAAGAAAUAAGAAGAAAGAGGAAGAGCUACUGAAGAACUAAUGUCUUUGUUUUAAUGAGUGGGAAUAAUACAGAGGUGAGGGCGGGGUAUGAACAAGUUACUCUAUGGGGAAAUGUAUUUAGGGUUAAUACUAGUUUUGAGAUCAGUUUACAGUUUUUCUCAGUAGGGCAGAAAACAGUUAGGUGAUGGCCAAAAUACCAAAAUAGUACAUGUAAUUUUCUAUCAAAUCAUGCAAGAAAUCAGAUUAGCAAAAUAGAGUAGGUGUAAUCCCUGUUUUAAUAUCAUUAGGCAUAUCACAAUUUAAGCAAUAUUAUUAAUUAAUAAAUAAAUAAAGAAGGAAAGGAAUGAAUGGUGACUAAUAAAUCCCAUUUUAAUCCAAAUGUCCCAAACUAGAUUAUAAAGAAACUCUCCAAUGAACACAAAACCUAAGAUACCAUAUUGCUUAUGGCGCUAUACUGCCUCUUAGUGGUCAAAUAAACUACU